GUGAAGCAUCAAGGUCCGUACAACGUGCAGCGUCACCUCAGCACACAGAAAGUUCCAUACAACGUGCUCAAUGACGUCGGCGCGCUGUCAUCUGCCCCGGAAGUGGACCGCUGUUUGUAGGUGAACCUGUAACAGCUAUGACCUGCACAAUAGAAAAGAUCCUACAAGAUGCCAAGACUCUGCUGGAGAGAUUAAAAGAUCACGAUAAUGCUGCAGAAUCCCUUAUUGACCAGUCCAGCUCACUUCACAAACGUAUGGAAGGAAUGAAAGAUGUUGGGACAGCCCUACCAGACAAGUUCCAGGAAGAUCUCUCAGAGUUAAAGGAUGCCUCAAAAUACAAACCUCAUGUGUUAUUGUGUCAGGAGAACACACAGAUCCGAGAUCUUCAACAGGAGAAUAAAGAGCUGUGGCUGUCUUUGGAAGAACAUCAAUAUGCACUGGAACUCAUCAUGAGCAAGUACAGAAGACAGAUGCUGCAGUUAAUAGCCAACAAGAAACCAGACCCUAAAGAGCCAGUGUUGGAAGCCCAUGAGAUCUAUUCAUCUGUAAGCCAUUUUGAAAUUGAGGGCCAGAUUGAUAAAAUCUGUGAGAUGGGGGAAGUGAUGAGAAAAGCAGUUCAGCUUGAUGAAGAUCAGACAUAUAAUGUCCAAGAGAGGCUUGCCCAGCUAGAGCUGGAAAACAAGGAGCUUCGAAACAUACUUUUAGCGAGCAAGGAGUCUCUACAGUCUGGCAAAAAGGAGUCUGAAUGGAACUACGAGAAAGCCCAGUGAUGGGUCUUGGACUACCAAUGUUUAACGUAGUCAAUGGACAUUGUCAUUAUUUUAUAGAAACUUUUCCCAAAGACUGAGCAAGAUUGGUGUUUCAUUACCUGUGUUUCUGCCUCUGUAGUUCAAUAUUUUUUUGGAAGUGGCAAAAGGGCUGUCUGGUAAACUUGAGGUGGUUGCUGCUGUGGAAAAUCCACCAGCUUAGGUAAAUGAAGAAUACAAAUGCAAAAUGCUUACACUUUUUACAGAUGUUUACUAUUUUGAAAUGAAAUGUAAAAAAAAAAAUAUUGGUAAUCUUAGUGGCAUCAAAGUUGUUAACUUGUUAAAGGGACAUGGAAAUAUAUAUUACAUUUAAAGGUUCAGAUAAAGCAUGCAAUUAUAAAACGUUUAACAUGUUUCAGGUUAUUAGCUCAACAUAUAUGUUCAGUUAGUUCUCAGUAGCACGGUGCUGCUCUGGAGCUUACUUUAACUAUGUGUUUAACCCUGCAGCGGACGUUAAACACAUGCUUAUAUGCAGGCAACAGUGAAGUAAUAAAAUGCUCUAACACAUUACAGUAUUUUCUUUAUGCACUUAUAAGUCCCUUAAUGGGAUAAUGAUAGAUUACUUUAGUUUAUCACUUUGAUUUAUUUUUCAUUCUUGCAUCCCAAAACAUACUUAAGAGAGUGAUUUACAGUCUAGGAACAAAGAGAUUUUAAUAUAUGUAACAUGCGUAACAUUACCCCAUAUCAUGUCCUUUUGUUCCUUGCCCAUAAGUCUUUCAUAUAUGUGUGCAAACGACGUACUGUUAUCUGAUCCAUCUAUCAAUACACGUUGACUUAUUUAUACUGGUGCCAGAAUUUUUAUGCCCCUAUAUACCAACUAUGUUGGAUUAGACAGUGUUUUGAAACCAUACAUCAGUUAUUGGCGUUGAAGUUAGCUUCUUUUUUCCCCAUUUGUGAGUGAUUAUUAGGCCAAAAUUAAACCAGUUUAUUACAGUAAAGUUGUAAACUUUAACAAUUCAGCUGCAAGGAAAUGUUACUUUUGUGUUUAAAAUUACUCUUAGCAUAUAAACAUCACUGAUGGACUUGUACUGAUGUGAGCAAACAGCAUUCUAAUCCCUCAUAUAUUUUCAUCCCUGCUAGAAAUGUUGACACAGAGAUAAAACCAAGGAAUAUGUAACUUAAUAACAGUGCUGUUUAAUGCGCAGGACCUGCUUGCAGCAAUUUCACUUAUACCACAUCAAUCAAAAGAUUUCACAGUCAUCGUUUCACUGGAUAGGUUAGAUGGAUAUAACUGCUCCUUUGACUAAGUAAGCUAGUUUUGCCUGAGCUUAAAGGGACAGUUUACCCACAAUUUUUCUCCCCUUUAAUUUGUUCCCAAUGAUCAUUUUUACCUGUUGGAGUGUAUUACAUUUUUUACAACUAUCUCCUUUACCCUUAUUUCGGAAACAUCUCCUUUACCAUUAUUUCGGCAUCUGAAAAAGCUGAUUUAUCCUGUGGCAUCCUUACCUAUACUGAAAGUUUCUAUACUUAAGUAUAGGCUGUUGACAAACUAUGUAAACGUAACCAGCAGAAGAAAUUACACUCCUGGUGGGGUGUAGAAGAAAUAACUAAUACAAUUAUAAUUUCUCAUAUUUUAUUCACUGCAUGCAGCUGGUAUAACAAGUUUUUGGAAAUAAAUUAAGGGAAAAAUAAUUUUACAGUACAUUGUACCUUUAAGGUAAUGUGCAGUUCCUUGUAUUUUAUAUAUAUGUUUGUUUCUUUUGUUUGGAAAAAUUAACCCCUAUGGGGAAAAAUAGAGAUAUUUAUACAAAUUUACUAUGUUUGCUGUAUAUUUAUUUUCUUGUGGGAGGGAAGUUAGUUUUAAGUCAUGGUUAAUUCUUUCUCUGGCAAGUUUUUCUGUAUUACAAUGAGUUUCAGAUCUUGAUUUUCCUUUAGAAUAGUAUUAAAGGGAUAUGAAAACAUUUUUUUCUUUCAUGGUUUAAAUAGAACAUGCCAUUUUAAGCAACUUUCUAAUUUACUCCUAUUAUCAAAUUGUCACUUGGUAUCUUUAUUUGAAAAGCAGGAAUGUAAGCUUAGGAGACGGACCAUUUUUGGUUCAGCACCUGGCUAGCGCUUGUUUAAUUGGUGGCUCUAUCUGAAUCAUGAAAGAAAAAAAUGUGGGUUUCAUAUCCCUUUAAAUGGACAGUAAAUGUUUAAAAUGAUUGCAAUAUAUUAUGCCGAUUGAAGUAUAAAUAUAUAGUUAAUGCAUUUUUGUUUAAAAUAAAUAACUAUAUAUCUUAAGGUA